CCCCAAGAAGUCAAACAUUUGAUGCCAAGAUCCAUGUGGGAAGCUUCUAUAGGAUUUUGCCAUUUCAAACCUUUAAUUUGACUAAAGCUUGCUUGGAUCUGGUCUUCCAAGCAAACCCUUUGGAAUAUAUAAGUCCUUGAGACUCUCUCCCUCUUUUCUGUCCUUGAAUGAACUCCAAAAUUCCUCAGAACCUCCCAAAACCCUGUUUCAGAUGCUGAGUAGUUUGAUCUGCGGCGCCGGAAGCUUCCAUCAGGAAGAAGAAGAAGAGAUAUGGAUCGACAGCCCAUAUUCAUCACCAAGAAAAUCAAGAAAAAAGAGCCAUGGCAGCAAAAGCAGCAAGAACCCAUAUUCCACUCGCGGGCUUGACAAGUUUUCUGCACUUUUAGCUGAUCUUGAGGAGAAGAGGCAGAAGAUUUACUUGCAAGCCGACUCCCAAGACAUCUCCUUCGUGCGAUUUGUGCACUCCAGCUCCAACGAUUGGAAACCAAUUGUUGUAAAAUCCAAGGAUAAAAAAGAAGCCAGAACAAAGAAGGACCCAUCAGCCGAUUUGAAAGAAGUCAAGCAGCAGCAGCUGCCGCAGCCGCAGCCGCAGCCGCAGCCGCAGCAGCCGCGGCCAAUAAUGGAAGAAGCAAACGAGAAGGCUAAGAUGAGCGGCCUGUGGUGGAAUAUGGAGAUGGGAAAAUGGAGGCGGCCGUCGUAUUAUCUGCCGGUGGCCGUAAUCUUCAUUUUGCUGCUCCUGCUUGUUUUCGGGCGAUCUUUUGCAAUACUCUGCACCUCCCUCGGGUGGUACGUAGUUCCCAAUUUGAAGGAGAGCGAAAAUACAAGAAAAUCGACAAAGAAGAAGGAAUAUGUACGAGGAUUGAGCGAGAAUAAAAUGGUGAUGAUCAGCGCGCAUACGAAGGAAUAUACCAGGAGCAAGUCGGGUGACGUGGAAGGAAAGUCAACGCGACCCCGCGGCCAUCAGAAAAGCUGGUGAAGAUCAUUUAUGAACGAUGAUCUUUCUCUCUUUUUUUUCCGAGGGGAUUAGAAAAUUUAGCGUAUUAGGAUCAUGUGGGUUGGUGUUGAAUCGAUCUGUUGAUCAUAGAUGUAAAUUAUUUUUUUGUUUUUUUGUUUUUCGCAUGUUGUUUAAUUUGACAUGUUCAAGAAAUGUAUAUUAUCUUAUUAAUUACUAGGACAGACUACAAUCCAUGUUGUGUACGAGUUCGUUUGAUUAAUGAAAAAUUAAUCGUGAGCCUGUGAUUAUGGAAUCUUAUCAUCUC